UAGAGCAUCCUUAUAGCAGACCCUCUUCUCUGACAAUUAAUUAGAUACGCAUCACCUUUCCCAAUACCACACCUACUUCCAUUGCUUUUCUUUAAUUUCUUUCGCUUCCUAACUUCAAUCCAAUUCCAUGGCUUCUACUUCAGCAGUUGGAAUGACAGAUUCUUUUGAUGGAAUGGCACCACCUUCCUCACUUCAAUCCAAUUCUGUGGCUUCUACUUCAGCAGUUGGAAUGACAGAUUCUUUUGAUGGAAUGGCACAACCUUCCUCUGCUUCUGGUAUAGCCUCAUCAGUCAUGCCAAAGUCAUCUUACCAUGUGUUCAUUAAUCAUCAUAGUCCAGAUGUCAAACAAACGAUUGCUAGCACUCUCUCUGACAUUAUCACUGGCAUGCGAAUGACAGUAGUCUUGGGUUCAGAGGAUUUGGAAUAUGGCAAUUGCUUGCCUCAAGCAAUAGAAGCAGUAAUCAGUGAUGCUUUGCUUCACAUAGCAAUUUUUUCAAAGGGCUACGCAGAAUCGCCCUGGUGUUUGGCAGAACUAUCAAUUAUGCUUAAAACUGGCAUACCAGUAAUUCCUAUUUUCUACCAUAUAGAACCUACUGAUCUCAGAUAUGUAGCGCAAGGGAAAGGAAAAUUUGUUAAGGCUUUUGAGGAGCAUGCGAAGAAGGGUAGAUACAGCUUGAAACAGCUUGAAGGGUGGAAAAACGCUCUCUACAACGUUUCAUUUUACACAGGUCAACUCAUAAAAAGUAAUGAUGAUGAAAAGAGGUUGCUGAAGAAUAUUGUCAAUAUUCUAUUGAAAGUGAUAGACAAUGUGCCACUAGAAGUUGCAAAAUAUCCAGUCGGUCUCAAUGAAAUAAUAAAAGACUUUGAAAUGAAUACAUUUCAAUCUGACCAGGGUCACGACAUUGUAGAAAUUGUUGGAAUUUGGGGCAUGGGUGGUUCUGGGAAAACCACUCUUGCAAAAGAGUUAUAUAACAAAAGGUCUCUGUUAAUGGAGAGAUCCAGUUUCCUCUCCAGUUUUAUCUCUGAUGUUCGAGAUGCAGCGACCAAAGGCAUGCUACACAAUAAGCAGAUAAAACUCCUCGAAGACCUUGGUGUCAAGGUUGUAGAAUUUGACAAUGUAGAGGAUGGGAAGGCAUUUCUUGCAAGGCGUUUGAGAUCUGUUAAGGUGUUCAUUGUCCUUGAUGAUGUUGAUCAUGUGGAUCAACUUGAUGCUCUAGUGCCCAUUAAAGACAGCCUAUGUAAGGGUAGUCUUAUUAUUGUCACUACACGUGAAAAAAGAGCACUUAAGUCCUGGGGCAUCUCCUCUAUAUACAAGAUGAAACCACUGGAUCCAUUUCAUGCUGAAGAACUUUUUUGUUGGCAUGCAUUUUUGAAAUCGGUUCCAGUGAAGGGAUUUGAAGAUAUUGUCAAAAAAUUCUUGAGAGCAUGCAAUGGAUUGCCUCUGUCGCUUAAGGUGUUUGGAGCACAGUUAUAUGGGAACUCCCAUCAAUAUUGGGAGGUUCAGCUGAACAAGAUCUCAAAAAUAUUGCCAACAGAUAUCAAAGAGAGGCUCAAAGUAAGUUAUGAUGCUCUUGAUUGUGAAGAGAAAGAGGCAUUCCUCGAUAUUGCUUGUUUUUUCAUUGGAGAAAAGAGCAGUUUAGCAAUUGAAGUGUGGUAUGGAUCAGGGUGGACUGGUCUGCACAGUUGGGAAAUGCUCCUCAACAAAUGUCUGGUUGAUCUUGACAUUGAAAAUUGCAUAGACAUGCAUGAUCACUUAAGAGAUUUAGGAAGAGAAAUUUCAAGCCGAAAAUCUCCUUACAGAAUGUGGUUACCUGGGCAGAUUAUCAGUGUUGACAAAAAGGCAGAGAUAAAAAACAGUGUUCGAGGAAUAAUCGGUGCCAAACGUUGGCCUUGGGAUGAAGGAUCAAGUAACGAGGUUGAUCAAAUCUUACCGUCUUUAGAUGAGCUAAAAAUUCUAGCAAUUAAGGGAAGCUAUUUCAACAGAGUAAUCAGUGAAGUAUCAAGAGAGCUGGUCUGGCUUCGCUGGUUCCGGUUUGAGCAGAGAAACCUUCGGUCUCUGAUUUCUAUAAAAAAAUUAAGGGUUUUAGAACUCCACAGUCCUUCUAGUAUAGAAGAACUGUGGGAGGCUGGUGGUGAUGUUCCCGUGGAGUUAAGAGAAUUGGUUGUUUCUGGAUGCCGUAAAUUUCAAAGAUUUCCAAAUUCAAUAGGAUGUCUCAAACAUUUGAAAAAGAUGGUAAUCACACGUCCCCGCGAUGUGACACGUCUACCAGAAGAAUUUUGCAAUCUCCAAUCGCUUGAGCACAUGGAGUUAAGUUCCUGUGCAAUGUUAUCGUCACUACCCAGCAGCUUUGGGGAUCUGAGAAAUCUGCGGCACCUAGACUUCUCUUCCUGCGAAAUGUUAUCAUCACUACCCAACAGCUUUGGGGGUCUGGCAAAUCUGCGGCAUCUAGAUUUGUCUUCCUGUGUAAUGUUAUCAUCACUACCCAGCAGCUUUGGUGAUCUGAGAAAUCUGCAGCAUCUAGAUUUGUCAGGUUGCAUCGAGUUAAGGAUGUUGCCAGAGUCCUUUAAGCACCUGAUACUCCUCCAAUGUCUGAAAUUAGAGGGAUGUGAAAAAAUUACACUCAAUUCGGAGGACUUUGCAGAUAUCCGAAAGCUAGAGAUUUUGAACCUUGACAGAUGCAAGCAAUUGGAAGAGUUGCCUCGUCAUAUCACAAAUCAGGCACUCUUAAGAGAGCUGCAUUUAAAAGAUACCAGUUUAAUGGAGCUACCAACUGAAUUGGGUCAACUCAGCAAGUUGCGAGAGAUGGUGAUAAAAAGUGAGUUUCUCAACAUCUUGCCAAGUUCUAUAGGGAAUUUGUCCUCCCUGACUAGUUUUGAAAUGUAUGAUUGUCCUGUGGAAUCUUUGCCAAGCUCUGUUGGAGAUUUGUUGUCAUUGACCCAUCUUACAAUUGAUGGGAGUUUAGAACUGCAAUUUAUACCAGACUCUGUGGGGCGUCUUAGUCUCUUAGAGGAUUUAACCAUGAACUACCUAGGAGUGAAGUCUCUGCCAAAAUCAAUUACCCAACUUAAUAAUCUUCGAACACUGAAGAUAUAUGAGUGCCCUAUCAGUGAUUUGGAUUUUGGGGUGGCGUCAUUACAUUUUGCUUUGAGCAAUCUGAAGCAGAUAGAGCUAACUGCAACAGGGGUGCGGAGGAUUUCAAUUUCAGAAGACUGUUGUCCCAGCCUCGAGACUCUCGAACUCUGGUUUAAUUAUCAUUUAACGGAGAUCGAAGUACUGCCAACGAAGGUCAAGACCAUAAAAUUGAUAGGUUGUAAAAAGCUGAAGAACCUUCCGAGUUUUGCACAAUUAACUUCUCUGAUUGAAUUUGAACUAAGUGAUCGCACCCAAGUUGAGAAAAUUGAAGGUUUAGAACAUUGCAGAUUAUUAGAAAGCCUGAGAGUAGAUACCUGCGGGGACGAGCCCGGUCUAGAAGGUCUGGAGCACAUGCAGAAAUUGAGAAGGUUGCAACUCAGAGCAAACAAGGGAUCGGCUAUUGAACCUUGCAUUCAAAAGCUUAAGAAAUGGCCUGACGAAAUACAAAUAUGUUCGCGGGCAGUCCCUGAUGCGGCAUCACUUCUAGAGUUCUUACUCUCUGCGAAACUCUUUGUUGUCGACUCCUCAUCUCACCUGAAAAUUAACUCAAGAGCAUCACUGUUGCAGAAGCAUUGCUCCAAUGGCGAAGCCUUUAUGCUAUGUUUUGUUGUUAAUUGUGUUUCUUCACAAUUGACAAUGUAUAUAACGAGCUAUUCGGUAUCAGGUUAUUCGUACAAUUAUGCAAUGGAGAUGUAUAAGGGUAAAUGGAUAUGGAUAGGUGUUUUCAAGGGAGGAAAUGAAUUCCGUGAAGAGGGGUUCGAGAUAGACCAACGAGGACAGUCGGAAGAUGAGAACGAAGUGGAAACAUGUUUGCUUCUGACUGGGGAAGAGCACAUGCUACUGGAGGCUUUCUGCAGCUUACUGCCAAUUUUACAGAAGUGAUGUUCCUGACAAAGCAAAAGUGAACUGAAUCCUAGUAUUAAAGGGAAAGAAGAUAACUGUUUUGUUGGUUUGGGAGAAUACUUUGGAUCAUAUACCUAAAACAGUAAUAGGGAGUAAUAGGGAUGUAGGUCAUGAAGAUUUAGUUAGUAAAAUUCUGUUGUGUUUUACGGAUUUUAGAAACUGUACGAAAUGUUCUUUUGUGUGAAGAUUAGUGGUGCAUGAGCACCUCAUCAAACUCUCCAAGAUGACAAGUCAAACUCUGAGAAGGGAGGAUAAGGCAUUAAAUAUGUCUUUAGAAUGUUUUGUAUAGGUUUUCAAUCAUGCAUUAUGUGUUUGUAAUAAUGAACCCCAUCUUGUGAGCCAAACUCCUAUUUUGGCAUUUCUAUGAGCCAAUUAGGACUUUUGGACAAUAGGGGAUCAAAUGUGUUGGUUUUAGUGUUUUAAGAUGUUUAAGGAGGGGUUAAACUUGACUCAAGACACUAGGAGGCGAAAGAUGACAUUUUGACAACUUUUGCAAAAGUUGUCAAAAAGUUGUCAUGAGCAACUUUUAAGCACUUUUUGCAUUUUGUUAAUUUGAAACUCCUCCAACGGCUCUAACCUCUUGAUUUUCGGUUGGGAGCAACUGUGGAAUAGUUUAUACACCUCGUGGAUCCAAUUCCCAAGGUGUGAUUGUACGGAGAAGAGUUUUGAUGCCUACAAACUAAUAGAAUUUUGAGUUUUUCCUGCAA